AGUUUACGGUGACACCAAAGACGGCGUAAAAGAUGAGGCACAAGGCAGGCAACCUAUUUUUCCCAAUGCUUGUCAUCCUGACUACUUUUUCUGAGACUGAAAACCAGGAAACGCUUCACUAUUCUGUUCAGUGCUGAUGUUCACGCGCCGUUUAAAGCUCUUCAGAUUAAAUAUUACAAGUAUUGUUGACCGGAUAAAACGCACUUUUAGGAACAUUUCGGUCGUGAAAAGGAUUUAUGAACCUAAAUACUAAGGAUUUAUGAACCUAAAUACUAAUUAGAAAAAUCAAAUGGCCAGCAUGCUAUGAGAUGAACAUACGAAUAGAAGUUCAAAUGGCUGAUCUUAAAGUCCUCUUUUGUGGUCAAGACGCUGUCCAGACCGAUCACCUUGACUGGUCCCUAAAACACCAGCAAAGUCAUCACUCAGUGUGCGCAGAUGAAAGGGCCCUUUCCAACGAAGAGUGCUGCCAGGCGUAUCUGGAGGAGAAUGUUAAUGAGGUGAACAGGCUUUCAGAACCAUGGACAGCGACUCUGCCAAUUGGACGACUCUGCAAACUCAAUGAAUGGGGAUUCGAUGAAGAAGUUGAGGUAUGUUACGAUGAGCAGUUUGAAACAGCUUUUCCAGGUGUGGCUGACAUUACUGACCAUAAAGACGGUCAGUUGUUAGAGGAGGAGACCAACUAUGACAACUUCAGUUGGAAUUCAUCCAAAGAUCUCCAAGAUGGCGCCCCGGAAUGCUCCCUUCUGUCAGUUGACGAUUUCAUGGUGGAUUCAUCGGAAAAGUCAGUGGAUUAUGGAUUUAUAGGCGCUGUUACCUUUUUAGUUACAGGGAUCUCAUUGGUUGUCAUCUCCUACACAGUCCCACGUGAUGUCAAAGUGAAUCCCGACAGUGUUUCCGCCCGGGAGAUGGAGCGCUUGGAGAGAGAGAACGCCCGAGUGGGUGCUCACUUGGACAGGUGUGUGAUUGCAGGGCUGUGUCUCCUCACACUCGGAGGUGUGGUACUGUCAACCCUGUUGAUGAUCUCCAUGUAUAAAGGAGAGAUGAUCAGGAGACAAGCAUUUGCUUACUCCAAGCACCAAGCCAGACUGUAUGGCUCUAUAAAUUUCAGAAGUGGCGCGAGCCCGACCGCUGCUCCUUCGCUUUUGUCUCUUGAUGAAGAUGAAGGUCCUGUUGAAGUCUUGAGUUGAAGCCAAAAAACAUAUCUUGUCAGUUCUUCAAAUGAUCAAAACAGCUUUGUGAUACUGUGAUCUACUUCUAGACUCCUAAAUUACUACUAAAUUUGAGUCGAAAAUAUUUAUAUGACUGAAUAAACUUGACUACAUUGGGUCAUAUCAACAAAAGUCAUUUUAAGGGUCCAAGCAGGUUGAAAUUCUACACUUUUUACACUGUAUGUAAUGGACAAUUAAAUGUUACAUCUAUGAAAAUGUAACAUACCAACAUGAAUUUGAGUCCUGUUUAUGUGAACAAUGUCCCUGUGAGAGUUUGUGCAUUUUUCCAAAGCGUAUGUUCUUGUAAAUAUACAGCAUGCUUUACACGUGCAGUUAAAUAAGCCUCUCAGUUGGUGUGAUCAGUUUCUUUGGGUAUAUGCAACUUUUUACUACCUUGCCAAAUGCGUAUUUGUGUCAUAUUUAGUCAGUUGUCACUUUGGAAAAGAAAAAAGGCUUUUACAUUUUUCCUUUUUUUUUUUUUGGCCUGGCUUGGCAGACUAUGUCUGACAGCUGACUUAAUCGUCAGUCAUUGUUUGAAAACCUCUCUCCAAACAGGAAGGACGGAGAUAUAUUCCAAUGCCUCCGAAGCCAGUCAAAUCUAUACAUUUGCAUUCACAUUUACAUAAAAAUGCACACGAUAAACAGCUUAGCAAUAGAGGUAACGUGAAUGCACACCAGGGAGGUUUGAACUAAUUUUUUGUGAGCUUAGUUUAUUUAGAGAAUAUCUGUGGUUUUAAUGCACAUGGGAUGCGGGAAACAUAUGAGCAGAUGUCUCUCUCUCUUUUUCUCUCUACCUCUCAUCAGUGUGCCAGUGUACUGGAGGAGUCUCAUGGGAAAUGACUGCUCUGUUUCUCCUUCCCAAUAGCAACUAACCCCAUUAGAGUCGCACAUCAUAACACGUAAUGACCUGAAAGAACCGAAUCCAGAAUGCAGACCGCAGCAAAAGGCACAUAAAACCAUUGUGUAGA